UCUGAAUAACAAACUAAAGAGAAGACAUUGUGUGCAUCUCAGAGUAACUACAACCCUGAGGGCUUAUGCAUGCUCUUCAUUUAGCUAAAACUAACACUACUUUGGAUUAUUUGCCAUAUUUGUCCUUCGUAUUGCUUUAUAUUAAGGGACUGACUUCAAAGUGGACUCACCCUUUACAGUAUGCGUCGUAGAGACUGGUUGCCAUGGCCCGGUGAGGCUCAGAGACGAGAAGAGAAGAGGACCGAGGCCAAACUGGCUGAGGGUCUGCAGAGACUCGACCAGGCUAAACAUUACCACAUCAACACACUGACCAGAGAACAGCGCAGACUACACAGAGACCUCAUCUCCAUCAAAACAGGUAAUCCCUGGAAAAGAGGACUCCACAGUUUAGGGCUACGACCCUCCAAUCAUGAUGUUGGGCGCCCUGCUGCAUCCUACAAGAGGACCCUAUUACCCAGCAUCCCACUGGCAGGCAAAGAGGCAGACAGGUCCUCUUCUCUGCAGGCUCGUGUUCAGGAGUUUAUCAGCAGUGGGGAGAAAAGUACAGAACACUCCUCUGAGACUCUCUGCCUACCGGACCUAAAGCGGCAGCCAGUCACAUCUCUAACUGCUACAUGUACAAAUACAGAAAGAGAGGAGAGCAAGGAGAGACAGAUGGAUAGAGAACAGGACAAGAGAGAGGGAGGCACACAUGGAGGUAGUGAGGGACAGAGAGAAAGACAGCCAGAAAGAGAGAGAAUGGAUGCUGUUAAGGGAACGAGAGAAAGAUAAUGAAAGAGGAGAUGAGAUAAAUGGGAAUAGGUGUCCAUCCUCUGCUGUUUUAUUCCCUUCUGAGAUGUUAGCUCCUGAUGGACAUUUAAGAACAGUUCACACAUUACCAAACUUUGCACAGGCCCUGGCCGAAGCAAGAAAAGCAAGAUAC